GAUUGGAAAAAAAAACUCCUCUAUUAACAUAAUACCAGAGUAUCAACUAAUUUUCAAACACCCCAAAAAAUGACAACCACAACCACCACCAAUCAAGAUAAAACACGUGGCUUCUUGCCACCACCAGGAAACCACCCUGAUCAUGAUCACAACAAAUCUCCAAUAACCUCAUCCAUUUCCAACGACGUCGUUUCCUGCACCACCACUCAAGAUUCAGAACAACAACACCAACAAGUUGUUGUUGCUGCCGCCUCUCUUUCCCACGCAAUCUUUAAACUCCGGGAAGCAUUUGCCACCAUUCCGAAAAGCGGAAAUUAUCAAUCCGAUAUGAUCACUAAUUAUCAAGAAAAAACCUCUACUGGAAAAAGAAACCCGAUUGAUCACAUGACUACAUUAUUAUCUGAUGAUGAUUCCGGUAUUUCAACUGGCGGCCCUCUUAUUGAUGAUUAUCAACAACAACGGACGAAAAAGAAGAAGAAAACGACGUCGUCCAAGAAGCCGCCGCUUACCGGAGUAAAAACCGUGUGUAAUUUGGACCCAUCUCAUCAAGAGAUGAGUCCCCGUAUCAAGAGAAUGAAGAAGAUGGAAGAAAUGGUGAAAGAGAUGGAAAACAAGUGUUUGGAAUUUAAGACUGAAUGUGAAUCUCAACUCACUACUACUACUAAAGAUUCUACUCUUAACAUUAACUCUUCUCAGGAAAUCGUGGAGCAAGGCGACGUUAAAGAGGAAAGCGUGAGGUUCAAAAGACAGAACGACGGGAGUACCAGCAUCCGGUUGAGUUGCUCAUGUGGCAAAUCCUUUGAAAUGUUGCAUAACCACAGUGGGUCUUUUUACAGGUUGAUGUAGCUAGCUAGGGUGCAUAUAAUAUAUAUAUGCUACAUAUAAUAUAUUUGUUUUUUCUUCUUUUGUAUUUGAUCGAUCGAUUAUAAUUUGUUAAGUUGAAAUGAUGAACCCGAUCGAUGAUUUGAAAUGUAAUGGAGUUUGAUUUUGUAAGGAACACAUUUGGCAUAUUAGUCUAAAUUUUGGUUAUUCCUAUAAA